CGCGUCCAAACUUAACCGUUUGAGAGUAAAGCGAUCAUGGGCUCUUCUUCUAGAAAUCUCUAUGCAGGAAUUGGAGAAGGUCAAUCAACCUCUAGGCCACCACUCUUUGAUGGCACCAACUACUCUUAUUGGAAGGAACGGAUGAGAAUCUAUAUUCAUUCCACCAACUUCCAAUUGUGGUCGGUGAUAAAAAAAUGGCGAAGAAAUCCCUAUGAAGAAAGUGGGAGAAACCACGGUCCCAAAGACCGAAAACGAAUUUGAUGCCGAGGACAUCAAGAAGAUUGAAAGCUAUGCAAAGGCCAUACACAUGCUAUAUUGCGCGGUCAACCCCGAGGACUACCGAAAGAUCUCCUGUUGCACAACCGCCAAGGAGGUGUGGGACAAGCUUGAAGUGACGUACGAAGGUACCGAUCAAGUUCGUGAAGCCAAGAUUGAUUUUCUCACCCAAGAGUACGAAAUGUUCGGAAUGAAAGAAGGUGAGAAAAUCGAUGACAUGUUCGAUCGGUUCUCAAAGAUCAUCAACGAUCUUCAUGCUCUCAAAAAGACUUACACCAACAAGGAUCUCAAAAAGGGGAUAGCUCUCAAAGCCACCAAGGAACCGGUGGAAGAGGCUUCAAGCGAUGACGACAAUGAAUUCGGGCUCGUCAUCAAGAAGUUCCACAAGUUCAUGAAGAAGGAAUUUGAGCGGAAGGGAAGCAAGAACGACGGUCCUCCCAAGUGCUACGGCUGUGGCGAGAUUGGCCACAUCAAGCCAAGGUGUCCAAAUGCCAAACACGGCAAGGACAAGCCUGGCUUCAAGAAGCAAAGGGCCUACAUCUCAUGGGGUGGCGAUUCCGGCGACGAAUCAACCGACCAAGAGGAGGACGAAGCUGUAAAUCUCUGCCUCAUGGCGCACGAAGAUCAAAGCGACGACAUCCAAGAGGCAUCAAGUGUACUUUGGUACCUUGAUAGCGGAUGCUCCAAGCACAUGAACGGGGAUGCAUCCAAGUUUCUCCAAAUCAAACCCGCUAAAGGAGGAAACGUAGUUUUUGGAGACAAUAGCAAGGGAAAAAUUAUUGGCGUUGGUUCAGUAGGUAAAUCUGAAAACUCCUCUAUAGAUAAUGUCUUGCUUGUUAAAGAUAAUACUCGCUUGGCGAGAAAGGCUAUUUGUGAUGAUCUUGCAGAUUCAUUAGAGAGAGUGCACAUUGAAGACGAUGAAGAAGACACGCCAUUAUACACCAACCCGCAACCACAACCUGAGGAAACACCUCAAGUGAUGGUCGAAAAUGAGGACCAAGCAGACGAAGAAGAACAAGAGGAAGCCCAUGAACAAGAGGAAACCGAGCUUCCCAUCGCUUGGAGAACGCACAGAAACCAUCCACUUGACCAGGAGUCGCACUUAACGGCGGUAAAAUGGAUUAUGAAAUACCUUGCCCGCACGGUUAACGUUGGACUGUGGACAAGAGCAGGGCCGCCACCUCCGGGAAAUCAAAGUCCAAAUCCUGGGCGCCUACGUCAUCCUCCGAGGAGCGCCUCUACUAUGGCGAUGGGUCAUACAUUUGGUUUGAUUCCGAGGAGGAGCGCACCCGUUUCCUCACCUUCUUCUCUAAACGGGUUGUGGCUCCCCCCACGAAUCAUCCUGGAGUGUUACCCAGAGUUGCAGGCCUACGACGACCUCGACAUGCAGCUUCAUCAAGCCAGCCUUUGGCCGUUCGUCUACCGGGCACGAAAGGAGAUCAACCCGGCGCUAAUCCGGGCCUUCUACUCCAACCUCCGGCGUGAGGACAACGUGCUCUACUCGCUUGUCAAGAGCACGCCGAUUGAGCUCACCGUAGAGCAGCUUGGGCGCAUCGCUGGCCUCCCCUUCCAAGGCAACGAUGUGUCUCACUAUGGUGGAGAGGAUUGGGUGCUCAACAACGAGGGCCUUAUCCUCAACGAGCUUGGCAUCACCGAGCUGAAACGCCAUGCCUCGGGCCGCCCAACCAUCCACUCCGCCAACCCCGAAGGCCGCCUCGUCCUCUACAUCGUCUCCUGGAUCAUCAAACCCAGGAAGCACGGCCACACCAACAUGCACGGUGAAGACCUCAAGCUUAUCCAUUCGAUCAUGCAUUCGGCCCCAAUCAAUUGGGCAAAGUUUGUCAUGAUCAACAUGAACAUUGCCGCGUCAACCGAGCACGACCACCUCCUCCCGUACCCGUUUUUGGUGAUGGACAUCCUUGAACGGUUCAAGGUAACAACCACCGUUGGCCCGAUCACGAAGGCCACGAAGCUUUGGACAAUCAGCAACCAAACCUUCAUCAAACGGUCGGACAACGCCGCGCCACGCCGCACUGCCACUGUCGCUGGCCCAGCCGAACCCCUAGCCCGGGCCAACCUCGUCUCCAUCGCCGACUCCCUCAACCGGCUCCACCUCAAGGUUGACGGGAUGGGGAGAAACCUUGAACGGCUCGACGUGGCUGUUCAACGCCAAGGGUACGCCAUGAACGCGUAUUUCCAAGGCAUCAACUACGUCCUGCCACCACUCCACGACACCUUCCUCGGCGAAGUCUACGGUGAUGAAGACGAAGAGGAUGAGACCUUCUCCCAUUCAAGCUCCCCGGACGAGGAUCAGUUUGACGAUGCCAUUGAUGGUGAUGAGAUGGACGUCGACGACGACGAGGAGGAAACCGAAGACGAAGCCUAGGACUCCCCUAGCAUUUCUUUCUAUUCUUUCGAUUAUCCUAUUUUUAAUGCUUCCGUUGUACUCCGCUAUUUCCCUUUAUUAAAUAAAAGUAUCUUUUAUCUUUUUGUUAAUGUCAAAAGGGGGAAGAAAAGGGCUAUGCAUAU